ACAUUCCGUUAUUCAGUCAAGCGAGAAGCCAAAUCAUAUUUACCACGUGAAAAAUAAGAAAAAUCCUCAAAAAUGAACAAAAGUCUCGCUUUUAUCGAUUUCUGUGGAAGUUUUAUAAUGGCAUUGGAUGAUAAAAGGUUCACCGACGUGAAAUUUGGUUGUCGCUCACGUGAAGAUGGAUCCUUGGUUGUAAUUGAAGCACAUCAAUUGGUUUUGAAAUUGGCGUCUCCUGUAUUUGCAAGCAUUGUUACUCCUGCAAGUUGUGACGAUGUGAUUAUUAUUAAUAUUUUUGCGGAUGCUUUUCAAGCUCUUAUCAACAUAAUUUAUAACAAAACUUACGUGAUUGAGUCAUUUGCAGUAGCAGUCGAUCUGUUUGGCAUCGGAAAACGCUUCGAUAUUAAGAAAGCAUGUGCCGCCGCAACAAAUUUUUUUGAGGAAAACCUGAACUUGGACACAGCAAUUGAAUUUUACGAGACUUCCAAAGCUCGUAAUUACCAAGAAUGGAAGUUAAAAUGCAUUGAGCUUUUUAAGACUAAAACAUUUUAUAUCUUGGAUCACAAAAGUUUCCUCACGUGCAAACCCGACACCGUAAAAGUCAUUUUUGGACUUGAUUCGUUGCAUAUUUCAUCAGAACUCGAUUUAAUUAAAGCUUUUGAACGUUAUGGCGGCGAUCAAGCUGGAAUUUCGGAUGCUUUGAAGGAAAUUCGUAUUUUGAACAUCUCACCGAAUGAUCUUGUGCGCAUCAAAUUUUUGACUCCUGUUGAAAUUGUUCAAAUUAUUCGCAUAAUGAAUGGAGAUGAACCGGAAAAUUCUAUUCCGCGUGGAUUUUCUACAAAUCGUAAUAAUCGUUGUACAAUUGUUUUGAAGAAAAAACAACCUGUGUCAUUACGUCCCGUUUUAUCUCGACUUUUCCAUCAAAAUAGACAAACAGAAAAUGUAAUUGACUUGAUUAUUUCUGACAGUGAAUAACUUAAAGACUCAAAUUUUCAUGUAAAAUGGAACCUGAACCAAGAAUUUUUCAAUAAAUCGUGAUAUUUUUCUAUUUUUUAUGUCAAAAUUUU